CGCAGGCAGUGUGUCACGGGCGGCCGCUACCGAAAUAGCGGCGUGCGGCGAGCCAGCUACACGGGGGCGCCCACAGCCAGUCGGUCACGUCCACAUCCGGCAGGCGAACAGUCAUGGCGUGGAGGUCAGACGAGGUCUCCUGGAACCGACUGCAAGGAGGGUCGGGGAGCGCAGCUCGGGGCCCGGCGCCACGCAAGAGCAGGGACUCCGACUGCUGCAGCAUCAACUUCCUCAAGUACGUCCUACACAUCUUCAACGUCGUCUUCCUGCUGGCCGGCGCGGCGGUGUUCGCCGUGGGCGUGUGGACGCUGGUGGACAAGCAGACGUACAUCUCGCUGCUCAGCUCCGCCACGUACGUGGUCGCCGCCUGGGUGCUGGUGGUCGCCGGAGCCGUGACCCUGGCCGUAGCCUUCCUCGGCUGCUGCGGGGUGUGGCGCGAGAACCGCUGCCUCCUGCUCAUCUACACGUACUUGCUGCUGCUCAUUUUCCUGCUCGAGGCGAUGGUCGGCGUCCUGGCGUACGUAUACGAGAGCAGAGUGCACGAUGAGCUAUCAGCGAAUCUGAACAGCACAUUUAUUCAGUCGUACAACGUCGACACGGACAAAACAGCAGCCAUUGAUCAGAUGCAGCAACAGUUCAAGUGCUGUGGAGCUGUAAGGUUUGAGGACUGGCAGUACAGCACAUGGUUAAAAAAUAAUCCUGAUACACCAAGCAAAGUUCCUGACUCAUGCUGCAAAACACCUUCUGCCCUAUGUGGGAAACGUGAUCACCCGAGCAACAUUUACUACAAUGGAUGUAUAUACCGCUUGGCAGAGGAGAUACAAGCUCAUUUGUUAAUUUUAGGCGCUGUUGGACUGGGAAUAUGCGUAAUUCAAAUUUUUGGCAUGAUCCUAAGUUGCUGGCUUUAUAUAAAGCUGAAGGAUGUUGAUAACAUGGACUGACACAAUUGUAGAUGAUAGUGCUACACUUUCUGGACUGUGUUAGCAGUAUUCACAGUGUGUGUGUGUGUGUGUGUGUGUGUGUAAAUAUGCAUAUUUAUUAGAAGACUGUAUUUAUAUUUUUUAUGUUUCAUUACAUGUCAUUACUUCUUGAACUGAAAUGAAGUGCAUUUCACAUCAAAAUCACAAACAAACAACCUACUAAUCAUAUCAACAUAACUGUAAAAAACAUAUAUAUAUAUAU